GGCGCUGAGCCUCGUUUCUGCUAUUUCUUGGGUGAUGGUAGCCAUUUUGUAGAAAGAAUGACUCGACCUGUCACUGAUUUCGGACGAUUUUCACACUACAGUUAAAACCAAAUGAAAAAAUAGAUAGUGUAACUUAAAGAUCAUACAUUUAUCAACACAUAUAAGUCCACUCUUAUGAUUGUGACCGUCAUAUAAUUGUAAUAUUUUACCCCGUAAUAAGGUGUGGUAUGGACUUGAGUGUGCACGGUGUGGAUUAUCGUAGGAAAAGCGCCAAAAAGUGAUCCUGUAACGGAAAUAUUUUUGGUGCUUGUUAUUUACCAUCUUAUUUAUCAAUGUUAUAAGUAACUUGGAUACAAAAUUUAUCACACUUUGAGUCAUCUGUGUAGAAUAUUUUCGUCUAAAGGGUUUUCGAGUUCGGUUCGCAGACUGACCACAAAGAAAAAAAUGCCGGCAACCAGUAAAGCCAGAGUGUAUGCAGAUGUGAAUGCAUUGAGACCAAGGGAGUAUUGGGAUUACGAGUCUCAUGUCGUUGAAUGGGGUCAACAAGAUGAUUAUCAGAUUGUCAGAAAACUAGGCAGAGGAAAGUACAGUGAAGUCUUUGAAGCUGUCAACAUCACAAAUAAUGAAAAAUGUGUCAUCAAAAUUUUAAAGCCAGUAAAAAAGAAGAAAAUAAAGAGAGAGAUAAAGAUUUUGGAAAAUCUUCGUGGUGGAACUAAUAUAAUAUCGCUUAUGGCGAUUGUUAAAGACCCAGUAUCAAGAACACCAGCAUUGGUAUUCGAACAUGUAAACAAUACAGACUUUAAACAAUUGUAUCAGACAUUUACAGAUUAUGACAUCAGAUUUUAUUUAUUUGAAUUACUCAAGGCAUUAGAUUAUUGUCACAGUAUGGGUAUAAUGCACAGAGAUGUCAAACCACAUAAUGUUAUGAUAGAUCAUGAAACUAGAAAGCUACGACUUAUAGACUGGGGUUUAGCUGAAUUUUAUCAUUGUGGAAUGGAAUACAAUGUAAGAGUAGCCUCUAGAUAUUUUAAAGGUCCAGAAUUAUUACUUGACUAUCAGAUGUAUGAUUAUUCAUUAGACAUGUGGAGUCUAGGAUGUAUGUUUGCUAGUAUGAUUUUUAGAAAAGAACCAUUUUUUCAUGGUCAUGAUAACUAUGAUCAGCUUGUACGAAUAGCUAAAGUAUUAGGAACAGAUGAAUUGUAUGCAUACAUAGAAAAGUAUCAAAUAGAUCUAGAUCCUAGAUUUAAUGAUAUAUUAGGAAGGCAUUCACGAAAACGAUGGGAAAGAUUUGUACAUUCAGAAAAUCAACAUUUAGUAAGUCCUGAAGCAUUGGACUUUUUAGAUAAAUUAUUGCGAUAUGAUCAUCUCGACAGAUUAACGGCUAGGGCAGCAAUGGAACACCCAUAUUUUUAUCCAAUAGUAAAAGAGCAAGGAAGAAUAUCGUCAUCAAUGUCAGGGCACAAUUCACCGACACCUGUACCUAAUCAAGGAACUAUCGGAGGUGCUACCAUGAACAGUACUGCAGCUGUGAACAGUUCACCUGUCAUCACCCCCAGUAUGUCGCCCCUUCCUAACAGUACAGCUGCCACCGCGGCCACCGCCCAAUCUUAGUGCUAUAUAUGUCUGCUUGGGCUUGAUACGUGUCUAUUGUGAUAACUAAAACUUUGCCAUCAGCUACAGGGAACGCCUGGUGAUGAUGACGAAUAUUUAUUAGUGAGCUGGUGUUGUGUCGACUUAAUGCAAAUUGUGAUGACCUGAACAAAUCAACAGGGCAAUAGCAAUACAAAGAUAAACAUGUCAUUUGUUCACCUGUUAUCAUUCAUAUUAUAGGGUAACGAUACUCGCCCAGCGGCAAAACUGUUUCUUCUCAAAUAUAUUAGUCAUGUUUCUGACAGCUAAAUAAGACAUUUUAAUUGUUUUAUUGAAUAAAGAACUAUUUUUUUGCCAAAAAAGAUUGAAAGAAAAGAUGUCAACUUUCUUACUUUUUAUCAUUAAUCAUAAGUAGUGGUUUGAAAAAUGGGGUUAAAUCAUUUAAGAUAUAGAUUAUUUUGUUUUUUUACUUUUUCACAUAAUACAUGAUAUUAAAUGAAUGGAAAGAUAAUAUUGUCUCUUGAACAGCAUUGUUUAUGUCAAUUAGUUUGUUCAUUUAUGAUGUAUGUUUUGUUUGAUGAUUUUAUAAUUUAUGUCUUGACAAGUGCUAAAAUUGAACCUGAUAUUUUCUGUUUUUAUUUGAAGUAAAAGAAACUUAUUAAGAUUAAAUAUAUUCCCAAGCAUAAUUGAAAAGAGGUGUAGCAAAAUACUGAUAUGGGCUGUAUAAUGUUUAAUAAAUAAAUAGUAGGUAGGGAAAAUGUAAUAAAUACUGUUGCCAUAGAAACAAAUAUUGGUGCAAAGCUUUAUACACAACUGUCUAACAGGUGCUAUCUUGUGAGCAUCUGGGAAAGGUUUGAUUUACAGAGCUGUUGAGAAAAGUGAGAGGCAAUGUGUCCAGUAAGAUGUAUGCAUUGGCAGCUUCUUCUAGGUUCUUACUAGACUUGAUAUUUCACUGUUAAAAACAGUACACCUGUUGUUAGACAUAAGGCUGGGCCAUCAAUUGCUUGACCUUUGAAAAUUCUACACAUGUUUAACAUCUGAUUAUAUUUAGUCUAAAAGAUAUUUAUUUUCAUACCAAUGUCUUUUUAAAACUGUUUUCUGGGAAUGUUUGGUAAACAUGUUAGAUAAAAAAUUUGAUACAUCAUUUAAUAAUGAAUUUGAAUAACACCCUUUAAACUGAAUGCAGAUAUCAAAUAUAAAUUUUAUAUGGCGGUCAAUAUUGAAUCCAUAUCAAUUAUAAAAAGAGAUUGUUGAGAUUUGAUAAGGUUUUAGAUAUUGCCAAAGCCGUGUUAUGUACACUUUAGUAUGUACUUAAACAAGUUUAAUGCUGCUGUGUUCAUGUAAUACAGAGUUUUGGUUUUGAUCGACUACAACCAUUACCGUUUUUGAUAUCAUCUGACAUGGACGGCUGAUACAUAAUGAUAGCCAUUGUAUAACUUCACCAGAAUGUACAACUAGGUAUAUUAUAAAGCUUGGAAGACAGGAAUGUUUUAGGUACAAUGAAUUUAUGAAUGUAAAGGUAUUAUUACUAAUUAUGAUUUUAAUUGCUGUUAUAUAAUAUUGUAAAGCAGGUCUCAUUGGAAUUAUAAUGUCUUUCAGUUUACAAUGUAUAGUUUAUCAUCACUGUAUCGUCUGACUCUCACAGAUCUGUUUUCAUAUAAAUAUUCUCAUCAUGUUGUUUAUGGCUGGUUAAUAUCUGCAUCAGAAAAGAACAUUCACAUUAGCAUUCGACUGUACAAAUUGAGUCUAAUAUAUGCUGACUAAAAGUCACUUUUAUGAUAACGGGUCUCAGGAGAAAUGCAUAAAUGUCUUCAUACAAUGAGGUUAUUGAAAAAUAAAUGAUUUAAAUAAUAAAAAAACAAAUCAUAUUAUAAAUAUAGCAAGAGAGACCAGCCUCCAGGGAAAAAUCAUAUGAAGGUGCAUUUAUUGAUGAAGAUUAUCAUUAACAUUGCUGUUAUGAUGUAUUUGUGACAGUUGAGUGAGACUCCAAAGAUCCUUACAAAGAAAGUUUGAUUAGCUCUAAGCUGGCAUCACAUAAAUGUUCAACAUUGUUCUUAAAGUGUUUAAUUAAAGAUAAUAACAAACAUCAGUCAUACUGUGUAUGCUAAGAUACACUUAUGGUGCUGUCAUUGUCCGAAGCACAACCUUUUGGUAUAGAUCUGAAAUCUUUUUUGGCAAUUAUUUAAAAUCAACACAUCAGUGUAUGUGUCAGUCAAAGGACCUUGAAUGGAUAAUCUCAAUGACUCAAAUUCUCCUUCACAAAUAUUGUGCUUGGAGAAAACAGCUUUAACAAUAUAUUCUAUAUAAAAUUAUGUAUUUACAUCAUGGUGAACAAUUAUAUUGUCAGUAUUAGAAUAUCCUGUGAAAAAGUACUUCAAAUAAGGUUAUUGUCUCUUUUAAUUCAGUGGUGACAAGUUGUUAAUUUUUUGAAUGAUUGCUCUGUUUUUUCAUAAUUUACUGUUUUGUUAAUUAUUUCCAUCUUACCUAAUUUAAUUUUUUCACAUGUUGCCCCAGAAAUGAGAGUUGUCCUUUUAUUUUUUAUUGUCAUGUGGAAAAAGGGAUUCAGUUUAUUUCUUGUUGUAGACAAAUUUUUCUUUUGAUAUUUCACUUGUGUUAUUAGUUUCUUUUGUCUUGUUUACAUGAAAUUUCAUUUGUAUAAAACAUUAAACCAUGUGUAUUUACAAUUAAUUUGAAAUUGCUUUUGAUCAAAUAUGUCUAGAAAAAAGACAGUUCAGUUAAGUAAGUUUAAAUGUGAUAUGUUUUUUGUAUUGUUCAUUUGUGAAAUGAAUAUGAAAUGAAUUUGUCUACAACAACAGAAUGUUUAUUUCAAUCUGAAGUUGUCUCCCAUGUAGAUAUUGCAAGGGAGAUAAUUAUGAAUAUUUUCUCCCUUUCUUUAUAAAAGUUUAAAUUUGAGAUGACUGGUUGAAGAUUUAUAAUUUGAUUCUGGUGCGUGUCAUAUCAUAGAAUACUUUUAUAUGUAAAGGUAGAUGAACUAGCUGUGGUUCAUGUCUACCUAUUGCCAAGUCAAAUAUGAAACAUUUAAUAAA